AACAGCGUCUCAAGGAUUUCUGUCAAAAGUAGCAAAAGUGUCAAAGCAGACUGGAGAAAAUGCCACAAUGGGAUUUCAUUCAAUUAAAAUUAGAAAAGAACUCGUGUUGGACUGCAUUUUUUUCAAUGGAAAUAUUUGUGAGAUUCUAGUGAUAUGUGCAUAAUUUCAAAAGUAAAGGAACUAUCAAAGAUACUAUAAUAUCUUUGGAGUUAUUGGUUGUGUGUUUGUUUACUAAUUUUUAUCAAAUUACCGUGUAAUCCGCGGCGCAAAUUUAGUUUUUUAUGUGUGAUGGAAGUGUCAUGUAUUGAUAUGCAAAUUUGCAGUAAAUAUGAAUUAGUUUUUUUAUAACUGAAUGAUUAAGAAGUGUUCUUAGUGCGUGACAAUCGUUCUUCCUCCCCUUUUUAUAUUCUUAUGGCAUAAUUUCUCAUUCUGUGGCAAUAAAUAUUUCCUAAGAAGUACCAUGUGGGAAAAGGAAUUCUGCUCGGUAAUUUUGCCGACAAUAUCGACGAUGCUAUUUGUCGCAUUUACUUUCAAUGUCAUAAGAUAUUUGGUUGGUGAUCAGCACAUUCACAUAAGAGAUUCUACCAAAAAACACAGCUGGAAAAGUAUUCGAGGAGUAUCAAAGGUUUUUUACUGCACAAUUUGUGAAGUUUUAUUAUUGAACAUGGAAGGACUAAUUUGUGAUUCUUGUGGAGUCUGUGCUGACCAUAAUUGCAUAAAACUCGCAAAUAAAAAAUUAAAAUGCAAAGCUAUAACUUCAUCAAACGAUCAGCCGAUGAAACAUCAUUGGGUUAAAGGGAAUUUACCACUUGUCGCACAUUGUGACGUAUGUAAGGAAGAAUGUGAUAUAGAGCCAGGUCUCAAAGAUUUCUGGUGUUGUUGGUGUCAACGAUGCGUCCAUGAAACCUGCAAGGAAUCUAUCGAUGAGAUUUGCGACUUUGGUAAAUUCAAGUUGAUGAUAAUUCCUCCAGGAAGUCUAGAGGUAAUCAAUAGGCGAAGUACAAUGAGACGUCAAAUGCGACUUCGAUCUAUUAUUCCACCCACUUGGGCAAAUUGGAAUCCCCUUAUAGUUGUUGCAAAUAGAAAAUCGGGAAACAAUGAUGGACAAGAAAUUCUUUCACUAUUUCGAAGAUUGCUUAACCCAGCACAAGUAGUUGAUCUUGCUGAACGUGAUCCAGUAGCUGCACUUGAAUGGUGUUGUUUAUUAGGCAAUACUCCUUGUAAUAUUCUUGUUGCUGGUGGAGAUGGUACAGUUGCCUGGCUUUUGAAUUCAAUUCAUAAGCUUCGACUUGAGCCUAUUCCAUCUGUGGGAAUAUUACCCUUGGGAACAGGCAAUGAUCUCUCUCGAGUUCUCGGUUGGGGAAAAGAACACGAGUCUGACCUGGAUCCAGGCGAGAUUUUGCAGCGGAUUCAGAUGGCUAGCAAAGUAAAUCUCGAUAGAUGGAACGUGACUAUAAAGCCUUCGGGAAGUAGUCUCGGUUUCAUAGGAUCUCAACAGCAUUUAUUCAUGUACAAUUAUUUGAGCAUCGGCGUUGAUGCUCAAGUGACUCUUAAUUUUCACAGGACACGUGAAAGUCGCUUCUACCUCUUUAGUCAUAGAAUAUUCAAUAAGCUUCUAUAUCUUUGCUUUGGAACUCAACAAGCUGUUGAAAGAGAGUAUAAAGAUCUGGACAAGCGGAUUGAAGUUUACAUGGAAGGAAAACGAGUUGAGUUGCCCUCAGUCGAAAGUAUCGUGGUCUUAAACAUUCCUUCCUGGGGUGCGGGGGUGGAUCUCUGGGGAAUGGGUCUCGAAGAUGAUAGUGAUAUUGGAAAGCAGCGUAUAGAUGAUGGCAAAUUGGAAGUUGUCGCACUUUUCUCAUCAUUCCAUAUCGCCCAAUUACAAGUUGGUCUAUCUCAACCGCAUCGACUUGGUCAGGCCAAUAAUGUCAAGAUAAGACUUGUUGAAUCUUGUGCCAUGCAAGUUGAUGGCGAGCCUUGGCUUCAACAUCCUUGCGAAUUUAAUAUAACUCAUUGUAAUCAGGCCUCGAUGCUGAUGAAUUCCAUUUAGUGAUAAGCUAAAAAUCUCACUGUCUUUAAUAUAUUAUAAGAAACGCUCGUACCUUUUACUAAAUAGUUAAUACAGAGAUUGCUUUUAUAAAUGUUGAUACCAGUGUUGACAGUCAAUUCGAUAAGAAUUCAUCAAAUGCAGAAGACUAUCUGCACUUUAUACACUUCUCUCUUAAUUAAUUUAUCUGCUCAAUUUGCUUUUUCAUAAUAUGUACAUGGAGGCACAUGGAGAAAACCUUAAAUUCUGAAAACGUACUUAGAAUAACUUCAAUUAUAUUGAUUACAGCACAGAUUACUUAUUUAAGAGAGGAUUGAUAAUUAAGCUCUAGUCACUUCGGACUUUAAUUGCGUUAAUGCUGUAAAAUAUUAUCAAUUAUAUAAGUUCUACUCAGAUUCUCAAAUGAUUGAUGAUUCAUUAGCCAGUUAUUGUUUUCUUACUUAAGUAGGUAGUUUAAGUUUUAAAAUGGAAUUUGUUUUGUGUUUUUUAUAUAAAGAUUAAUCCUUAAUUGAGUUGGCAUUUUAUAGAAAUUUGUAUGUAAAAAUCCGCGAGUCUUAGAAAUUUCAAAUUAAGAUUGAAAAACAAAAUUGUGAGGAUCCGCGCUUUAAAGCAAAGUUCACUUUGAUGUUCCGUCAAGAUAAAAAUAAUAAAAAAAUGAACGAGAUGCAAUAGAAAAUUAGAGUGAAUUAAACAUUUUUGGAAAAAAUUAUCUGUCGCGUUUGAAAUUAAAUUUCAAAAACGUAACUUUUCAACGAUGACAGACCGACAAAUUGAGAUUCUCGCUUUUCUCGUGACGCUUUGGUUAAUUCACGAAAUUUCAAGGGUUAAGAAUCUCAUCAAAUAAUACGUCAGCAGGUAUGAUUUACAACUAAUAUUCUUAUCUUGUGAAAACCGAUUUAUUAUAAAACUACUUUUUGUUGACAAGAUUAAAACGUACAAUUUAUACUUACGAAGCACACAAUAAUUAUACAUGCACAAAAUCGGAAUAUUUUUCAAUGAUAAUAAAUUAGAUCGAUGCACGAU